AUGGGUAUUGACAACUCGGACUCGAAGCAACCUGACAUCUCGUACCACUCCGACGAAGCCAAGUACCGCACAGGAAAACCCACUAGGCUACAUCAGCAAAGAGACGUUCCCCCCUUCCUCACCUUCGCUCGCGAGCUCUACUCUUGCCGGGGAUUCUUCGUCUUACGAACCAUCCCAAUCGAGCAGUACACCCAAACAAACUUGGCGAUCCUCUACGCUAUGUGCAUCCAUUUAUUCACUCCCAACAGGUAUAUCCUCACACGUCGGCUCCGCCCGAGGAAAACAGGAGCUGUCCUCGCGCACAUCAAAGACCUCACCGUCAGCCAGCAAGGCGGGAUCGGGAACUCGGCGGACAAGCAGGUCUUCCAAACCGAUGUCGGUGACCUCAUUGCCUCGCUGGCUAUCGUACACACCAAUACGUCUGUAGGAUAUUGGGUUCCGCUUUUCAGCACAGCAUGA